GCAGGGACGAGCCAUGGGCCCGCCGAGGCCCGCGCUGCUGCUGCCGGCGCUGCUGCUGCUCGCCGUCGGCUCCCGGGCCCAAGCCGAAGUGCCGGAAAAUGUCAGUCCCAGCUGUUCAAAAGAUGCAACUCGAUUCAAGCACCUCCGGAAGUACACGUACAACUACGAGGCUGAGAGCUCCAGUGGGGUCCCCGGGACCGCCGAUUCGAGAAGCACCACCAAGAUCAACUGCAAGGUCGAGCUGGAGGUCCCCCAACUCUGCAGCUUAAUCCUGAAGACGAGCCAGUGCACCCUGAAAGAGGUGUAUGGCAUCAACCCUAAGGGCAAGCCCUUGCUGAAGAAGACGAAGAACUCUGAAGAGUUUGGUGCCGCCAUGUCCAAGCACGAGCUCAGGCUGGCCAUUCCUGAAGGGAAGCAAGUGUUACUUUACCCAGAGAAGGAUGAACCGAAGCACAUCCUGAACAUCAAGAGGGGCAUCAUUUCUGCCCUCCUGGUUCCCCCGGAGACAGAAGAGGCUACACAAGUGUUGUUCCUGGAUACUGUGUAUGGAAACUGUUCCAGUGACUUUGCCGUUAAAACACAGAAGGGAAAUGUGGCAACAGAAAUAUCCAUUGAAAGAAACCUGGAGAAGUGUGAUAACUUCAAGCCCAUCAGCACAGGAGUUAGCCCACUGGCUUUGAUCAGAGGCAUGGUCCGCCCCUUGUCAACUCUGAUUGGCAGCAGCCAGUCCUGCCAGUAUACCCUGGACCCCAAGAGGAAGCAUGUAACAGAAGCCAUCUGCAAGGAGCAACACCUGUUCCUGCCUUUCUCCUACAAGAAUAAGUAUGGGAUGAUGGUACAGGUUACACAGACUUUGAAAUCUGAAGAAGUAUCUAAGAUCAACAGCCGCUUCUUUGAAGGAGGUGCUGAGGUGGCGGGCCUUGCCUUUGAGAGCACCAAAUCCACAUCACCUCCAAAGCAGGCAGAGGCCAUCGUGAAGACCCUCCAGGAGCUGCAAACACUGCAUGUCUCUGAGCAGAAUGCCCAAAGAGCUAACCUCUUCCACAAACUGGUUACUGAACUGAGAGGCCUCAACAAUGAGGCAGUCACAUCCCUCUUGCCAAAGCUGAUCGAGGUGUCCAGCCCCAUCACUUUACAAGCCUUGAUUCAGUGUGGACAGCCCCAGUGUUACACUCACAUCCUUCAGUGGCUGAAAAGUGAGCAAGCCAACCCCCUUCUGAUAGAUGUCGUGACUUACCUGUUGGCCCUGAUCCCAGAGCCCUCGGCCCAGAGGCUGCGGGAGAUCUUGGACACGGCAAAGGAGCAGCAGAGCCGGGCCACCUUCUAUGCUCUGAGUCACGUGAUUAACAACUAUCAUAAGACAAACCCUACAGCGACCCAGGACCUGCUGGACAUUGCUGAUUACCUGUUGGAACAGAUUCGUGAUGACUGCACUGGCAACGAAGAUCAUACCUACUUGAUUCUGAGGGUCAUUGGAAAUAUUGGCAAAACCAUGGAGCAGCUAACCCCAAGACUCACGUCUGCAGUCCUGAAAUGUAUCAAGAGUCCUGGGCCAUCACUGCUGAUUCAGAAGGCUGCCAUCCAGGCUCUUCGGAAAAUGGAACUUAAAGAUGAGGUCCGGGAAGUCCUUCUACAGACUUUCCUCGAUGACGCCUCUCCAGGGGAUAAGCGACUGGCUGCCUAUCUCAUGCUGAUGAGGGGCCCUUCCCAGUCAGAUAUUAACAAAAUCACCCAGCUUCUCCCACAGGAACAGAAUGAGCAAGUGAAGAACUUUGUGGCUUCCCACAUCGCCAACAUCUUAAACUCAGAGGAAUUGCAUAUCCAGGAUUUGAAAAAGUUAGUGGAAGAAGCUCUGAAAACAUCUCAACUUCCAACACUCAUGGACUUCAGAAAAUUUUCCCGGAACUAUCACCUUUCCAAAUCUAUUUCUCUGCCAUCACUUGACCCAGUCUCAGCCAAAAUCGAAGGGAAUCUUAUAUUUGAUCCAAACAAUUACCUUCCUAAAGAAAGCAUGCUGAAAACAACCCUCUCUAUCUUUGGAUUUGCUCCAGCUGACCUCUUCGAGAUUGGUUUGGAAGGAAAAGGGUUUGAGCCAACACUGGAAGCUCUUUUUGGGAAGCAAGGAUUUUUCCCAGACAGUGUCAGCAAGGCUUUGUACUGGGUUGAUGAUCAAAUUCCUGAUCAUGUCUCCAAGGUCUUGGUGGACCACCUUGGUUACACCAAAGAUGACAAACGUGACCAGGACAUGGUCAGUGGAAUUAUGCUCAAUGUUGAGAAGCUGAUCAAAGAUUUGCAAUCCAAAGAAUCCCCAGAAGCCAGAGCCUACCUCCAGAUCUUGGGAGAGGAGCUUGGCUUUGUCAGGCUCCAUGACCUCCAGCUCCUGGGAAGGCUGCUGCUGAAUGGUGUUCGCACUCUGCGGGGGAUCCCUCAGAUGAUUGGAGACAUCAUAAGGAAGGGUUCAAAGAAUGACUUGUUUCUUCACUAUAUCUUCAUGGACAAUGCCUUUGAACUCCCCACCGGACUUGGGUUACAACUGCAAGUGUCCUCCUCUGGAGUCAUCACUCCUGGAAUCAAGGCUGGAGUGAGACUGGAGGUAGCCAAGAUACAGGCGGAACUGGUGGCAAAGCCCUCUGUGUCUGUGGAGUUCGUGACAAACAUGGGCAUCAUCAUUCCAGACUUUGCUAGGAGCGGGGUCCAAAUGAACACCAACCUCUUCCAUGAGACAGGCCUGGAGGCGCGAGUUGCCCUGAAGGCUGGGCAACUGAAGUUUGUCAUUCCUUCUCCAACGAGACCAGUCAGGCUGCUCAGUGGCAGUAACACAUUGCAUUUGGUCUCUACCACCAAAAUGGAAGUGAUUCCACCUCUGAUUUGGAACAGACAGUCCUGGUCAACUUGCAAGCCUUUCUUUACUGGCCUGAACUACUGCACUACGGGCGCUUACUCCAACGCCAGUUCCACAGACUCUGCCUCCUACUAUCCGCUGACUGGGGACACCAGUUUCGAACUGGAACUGAGGCCGACAGGAGAAGUAGAGCAGUAUUCUGCCAGCGCAACCUAUGAACUCCAGAGAGAGGGCGAAGCCUUCGUGGACACGCUGAAGUUUGUAACUCAAGCAGAAGGUGUAAAGCAGACUGAGGCCGCUUUGAUGUUCAGGUACAACCGGCAGAGAAUGACUUUGUCCAGCGAAAUCCAAAUUCCCGAUUUUGACGUUGACCUUGGGACAAUCCUCAAAGUUACUGAUGAAUCUGCUGAGGAAAGAAAGUCUUACAAGCUCACCCUGGACAUUCAGAACAAGAAAAUCACUGAGGUCACGCUCACUGGCCACGUAAGUUGUGACAGAAGGGAAGAAGGCAAAAUCAAAGGUGUUAUUUCCAUACCCCGCUUGCAAGCAGAAGCCAGAAGUGAGAUCUUCACCCAGUGGUCUCCCACAAAACUCCUCCUCCAAAUGGACUCAUCUGCUACAGCUUAUGGCUCAACAAUUUCCAAGAAGGUGGCAUGGCGCUAUGAUGAAGAGAAGAUGGAAUUUGAAUGGAACACAGGCACCAAUGUGGACACCAAAAAAGCGACUUCCAAUUUCCCCAUGGAUCUCUCUGAUUACGCUGAAAGCUUGCAUAUGUAUGCCAGUAGUCUCUUGGAUUACAGAGUUCCUCAAACAAACGUGACUGUCCGGCACAUGGGUUCCAAAUUAAUAGUUGCAACAAACACAUGGCUUCAGGAGGCAUCCAGGAGUCUACCUUAUGCCCAGAAUUUGCAAGAUCACCUCGAUGGACUAAAAGAAUCGUACCUCCAGAAAAUGAAAUUACCAGACUUCAACAUCCCAGAAAAUCUCUUCUUGAAAAGCGAUGGCCGGGUCAAAUACACCUUCAACAAGAACAGUGUGAAAAUUGAGAUUCCUUUGCCUUUUGGUGGCAAAUCCUCCAAAGAUCUAAAGAUGUUAGAGACAAUUCAGACACCAGACCUCACCUUCAAGCCUCUGGGAUUAUACCUGCCAGCUCAAAAGUUCCAAGUCCCCUCCUUUACCAUUCCCAAGUUGUAUCAACUACAGGUGCCUCUCUUGGGUGUUCUAGACCUGUCCACGAAUAUCUACAGCAACUUGUACAACUGGUCCGCCUCCUACACUGGCGGCAACACCAGCACAGACCACUUGAGCCUUCAGGCUCGGUACCACAUGAAGGCUGACUCUGUGGUCAACCUGCUCUCCUACAGUGUGCAAGGAUCUGGAGAAACAACGUAUGACCGCAGGAACACGUUCACGCUAUCAUGUGUUGGGUCUUUACACCACAAAUUUCUGGAUUCAAAUAUCAAAUUUAGUCACGUAGAAAAAAUCAGAAACAAUCCAACUUCAAAAGGUUUUCUAAUAUUCGAUGCAUCUAGUUCCUGGGGACCACAGAUAUCUGCUUCGGUACAUUUGGACUCCAGAAAAAGACAGCAUUUGUAUGUCAAGGAAGUCAAGAUUGAUGGGCAGUUCAGAGUCUCUUCGUUCUAUGCUAAAGGCGCCUAUGGCCUCUCUUAUCAGAGGGAUCCUACCACUGGCCGGCUAAACGGAGAGUCCAACCUGAGGUUUAACUCCUCAUACGUCCAGGGCACCAACCAGAUAACAGGAAGAUAUGAAGAUGGAACCUUCUCCCUCACCUCCACCUCAGAUCUCCAAGGCAUCAUUAAAAAUACUGCUUCCCUGAAAUACGAGAACUAUGAGCUGACUCUGAAAUCUGACACCAAUGGGAAGUAUGAGAACUUUGCCACUUCUAACAAGAUGGAUCUGACCUUCUCUAAGCAAAAUGCACUGCUACGUUCUGAGUAUCAGGCUGAUUACAAGUCAUUGAGGUUCUUCACCCUGCUUUCUGGGUCACUAAACUCCCAAGGACUUGAAUUAAAUGUUGACAUCUUGGGCACUGACAAAAUUAAUAGUGGUGCUCACAAGGCGACACUAAGGAUUGCCCAAGAUGGAAUGUCUACCAGUGCAACAACCAACUUGAAGUAUAGUCCCCUGGUGCUGGAGAAUGAGCUGAAUGCGGCACUUGGCCUCUCUGGGGCAUCUAUGAAAUUAACAACGAACGGCCGCUUUAGGGAACACAGUGCAAAAUUCAGUCUAGAUGGAAAAGCUGCCCUCACAGAGGUAUCAUUGGGUGGUACUUAUCAGGCCAUGAUUCUGGGUGUCGACAGCAAAAACGUUUUCAACUUCAAAAUCAACCAGGAGGGACUUAAGCUUUCAAAUGAAAUGAUGGGUUCAUACGCUGAAAUGAAACUUGACUACACAAACCAUCUGAACAUCGCAGGGUUAUCACUGGACUUCUCUUCAAAACUUGACAAUAUUUAUGACUCUGACAAGUUUUAUAAGCAAAAUUUUAAUUUACAGCUACAGCCCUAUUCUCUUGUAACUACUUUAAACAAUAACUUGAAAUUCAAUGCUCUGGAUCUGACCAACAAUGGGAAAUUACGGCUCGAACCCCUGAAGCUGAAUGUGGGUGGGAACAUAAAAGGAGCCUACCAAAAUAAUGAAAUGAAACACAUCUACACCAUUUCUUAUGCUGACUUAUCAGCAAGCUAUAAAGCAGACACGGUAGCUAAGGUGCAGGAUACAGAGUUUAGCCACCGGCUCAGCACAAACAUCGCUGGGCUAGCUUCAGCCAUUGACAUCAGGACAAACUACAAUUCGGACUCACUGCAUUUCAGCAACGUUUUCCACUCUGUAAUGGCCCCAUUUACAAUGACCAUCGAUGCGCAUACAAAUGGCAAUGGGAAACUGGUUCUCUGGGGAGAACACGCUGGGCAGUUGUAUAGCAAAUUCCUGUUGAAAGCAGAACCUCUGGCCUUUACUUUCUCUCAUGAUUACAAAGGAUCUAUGACUCACAAUCUCGUGUCCAAGACUAGCAUCAGUACUGCUCUUGACCACAAAGUCAGUGCCCUGCUCACUCCGGCUGAGCAGACAGGCACGUGGAAACUCAAGACCCAGUUGAACAAAAAUGAAUACAGCCAGGACUUCGAUGCUUACAACACUAAAGACAAAGUCGGUGUGGAGCUUAAUGGCCGAGCCCUGGCUGACCUCACCAUGCUAGACUUACCUAUUACAGUGCCAUUUUCACUCAGCCAGCCCGUCAAUUUAAUUGAUGCUCUAGAGAUGAGGGAUGCUGUUGACCAGCCCCAAGAAUUUACUAUUGUUGCUUCUAUAAAAUAUGAUAAGAACCAAGAUGUUCACACCAUCAACCUUCCAUUCUCUAAAAUCCUGCCAGAAUAUUUUGAGACGAGUCGAAUAGUAAUUAUAACUUCACUGGAAACCAUACAGAGAGAAUUGAAACGCAUCAAUAUUGAUCAAUUCGUGAGGAAAUACAGAGCAGCCUUGGACAGACUCCCACAGCAAGUUAGUGAUUAUCUAAAUGCAUCCAACUGGGAGAGACAAGUUUUGAGUGCCAAGGAGAAACUAACUGCUUUCACAAAAAAUUAUAGAAUUACAGAAAAUGAUAUACAAAUUGCAUUGGACAAUGCCAAAAUCAACCUUGAUGAAAAACUAUCUCAACUACAAACAUAUGUGAUACAAUUUGAUCAGUAUAUUAAAGAUAAUUAUGAUUUACAUGAUUUUAAAGCAGCUAUUGCUACGAUUAUUGAUCAAAUCAUUGAAAAAUUGAAAAUUCUUGAUGAAUAUUAUCAUAUCCGUGUAAAUUUAGCAAAAACAAUCCAUAAUCUAUAUUUGUUUAUUGAAAAGAUUGAUUUUAACAAAAUUGGAAGUAGUGUUGCAUCUUGGAUUCAAAAUGUGGAUACUAAGUAUCAAAUCAGAAUCCAGAUACAGGAAAAAUUGCAACAGCUCAUGACACAGAUUCAGAAUACAGACAUCCAGCACGUUGCUGAAAAGUUAAAACAACGGGUUGACGCUAUUGAUGUCAGAGUGCUUUUAGAUCAAUUGAGAACUACAAUUCCAUUUCAAAGAAUAAAGGAAAUUAUCAAGUACGUCAAAUACUGUAUUAUAACUCUUAUUGAAGAUUUUGAAGUAACUGAGAAAAUCAAUGCUUUUAGAGCCAUGGUCCAUAAGUUAAUUAAGAUGUAUGAAAUAGACCAAGACAUCCAGGUUUUAAUGGAUAAAUCAGUACAGUUGGCCCACAAAUAUAAGUUGAAGGAGACUGUUCAGAAGCUAAGCAACAUCCUACAGCAAGUUGAGAUAAAAGAUCACUUUGAGAAAUUGGCUGGGUUUAUUGAUGAUGCUGUCAAACAGCUUAAUGCACUGUCUUUUAAAAAAUCCACUGAAGAAGUAAACAGAUGCCUUGACAUGUUGUUAAAGAAAUUAAGGUCAUUUGAUUACCACCAGUUUGUCAAUGAAACCAAUGAUAAAAUCCGUGAGGUGACUCAGAGAAUCAAUGGUGAAAUCGAGGCUCUGGAACUUCCAAAGAAAGCUAAAGCACUGAAACUAUUUAUAGAGGACAUCCAGGCUGUGGCCUCAGUUCAACUGGAAAACGUAAAGAACACCAAAAUAACCAUAUUCCUCGAUUGUUUGCGGGAGGCCUUAAGUUCAACAUCUUUAGUUGACAUGAAAACCAAAUUCAAAGAGACCCUAGAAGAUAUACGAGACCAAAUUUAUCAGAUGGACGUUCAGCAGGAAGUUCAGCGAUACCUGUCCCUGGUAGGCCAGGUUUACAACACACUUGUCACUUACAUUUCUGAUUGGUGGAGUCUUGCUGCUAAGAACCUUACUGACUUUGCACAACAGUAUUCUAUCCAAGACUGUGCUAAAAACCUGAAAACAUUUGUACAACGAGGGUUCACUGUUCCUGGAAUCCGGACCCCAUUCGGGACCAUGCCUGCCUUUGAAGUCAGUCUCCGUGCUCUUCAGGAAGCUACAUUUCAGACUCCUGACUUCAUAGUCCCCCUGACAGAUUUGAAGAUGCCAUCAGUUCAGAUAAACUUCAAAAAGUUGAAAGAUAUAAAAAUCCCAUCCAGGUUUUCCACACCAGAAUUCACCGUCCUCUACACCUUCCACGUUCCUUCCUUUACAAUUGACUUGGUAGAAAUAAAAGCAAAGAUCAUCAGAACCAUUGACCAAAUGCUGAACAGUGAGCUGCAAUGGCCAUUUCCGGAAGAGUACCUGAGGGAUCUGAAGGGAGUGGACACCAUUCUUGCCGGAAUCACUCUGCCAGACUUCCAUUUACCAGAAAUCACAGUUCCAGAAUUCGUAAUCCCGACUCUCGACCUUAACCAUGUUCAAGUUUCUGACCUUCAUAUACCAGAAUUCCAGCUUCCUCACAUCUCACACGCAAUUGAAGUACCUACUUUUGGCAAGCUGUCUAGCACUUUGAAAAUCCAGUCUCCUCUUUUCACAUUAGACACAAACGCUGACAUUCAGAAUGUAACCUCUUCAGGGAACGAGGCAGAGAUGGCGGCUUCCAUCACUGCCAAAGGAGAGUCCAAAUUAGAAGUUCUUAAUUUUGAUUUUCAAGCAAAGGCACAACUUUUAGGCCCUAAGAUUAAUCCACUUGUUCUGAAGGAAUCCAUGAGGUUUUCCAGCAAGUACCUGAAAACAGAGCAUGAGGGUGAAGUGCAAUUUAUUGGAAAUGAGAUUGAGGGAAAAUCAAAGACAGUGGCAAGUUUACACACAGAAAAAAAUACACUGGAGCUUAGUAAUGAUGUGCUCGUCAAGGUAAACAAUCAGCUUACGCUGGACAGCAACACAAAGUACUUCCACAAAUUGAACGUCCCCGAACUGGACUUCUCCAGUCAGGCUGAUCUGCGCAACGAAAUCAAGACACUGUUGGAAGCUAGACACAUAGCAUGGACUUCUUCUGGAAUAGGGUCAUGGAAAUGGGCCUGCCCCCAAUCCUCAGAUGAGGGAACUCAUGAAUCACAAAUCAGCUUCACUGUGGAAGGACCCAUCACUUCCUUUAGAUUGUCUAAUAAGAUCAAUAGCAAACACCUAAGAGUAAACCAAAAUUUGGUUUAUGACUCUGGCUUCUUCAACUUUUCUAAAUUUGAAAUCCAGUCACAAGUUGAAUCCCAGCACGUGGGCCGCAGUGUUCUCUCUGCUAAAGGCGUAGCACUGCUGGAAGAAAGGAAGGCAGAGCUAAGUGGCCACCAUGAUGCUCAUUUAAAUGGAAAAGUUAUUGGAACUUUGAAAAAUUCUCUUUUCUUUUCAGCACAGCCAUUUGAGAUUACUGCAACCACAAACAAUGAAGGGAAUUUGAAAGUUAGUUUUCCAUUGAUAUUGACAGGGAAGAUAGACUUCCUGAAUAAUUAUGCACUGUUCCUGAGUCCUCAUGCCCAGCAAGCAAGUUGGCAAGCAAGUGCCAGAUUCAAUCAGUAUAAGUACCAUCAAAAUUUCUCUGCUGGAAACAAUGAGAAGAGCAUCGAGGCCCACAUAGGAAUAAAUGGAGAAGCCAACCUGGAUUUCUUAAGCAGUCCUUUAACAAUUCCUGAGAUGACUCUACCUUACACAACACUCACAACUCCCCAGGUGAAAGAUUUCUCCUUAUGGGAAAAAACAGGCUUGAAAAAAUUCUUGAAAACAACAAAGCAGUCAUUUGAUUUAAGUGUAAAGGCUCAGUAUAAGAAAAACAAAGACAAGUAUUCCGUCCCACACCCUUUGGAUGUGUUUUGUGUGUUUAUCAAUCAGAACAUCAAUUCCUUCAACAGGCAUUUUGAGAAAGUCCGAGACAAGGCAUUAGAUGUUUUUACCAAAUCCUAUGAUCAAGCAAAAAUUAAGUUUGAUAAGGACAAAGUUGAAAAAUCCCUCAACAAGCAAGCCAGGUCUUUUCAAAUUCCUGGAUACACUAUUCCAGUCGUCAACAUUGAAGUGUCUCCAUUUACAGUGGAGAUGUCAACAUUCAGCUAUGAGAUUCCACAAGAGAUCAGCACCCCCAACUUCACCAUCCCGGGUUCUGGCUUCUAUGUACCCUCGUAUAAGUUAGUCCUGCCAUUGCUAGAGCUGCCAGGCCUUCAUGUCCCUGGGAAUCUUCUCAAGCUUUCUCUUCCAGAUUUCAAGGUAUUGAGUACCCCAAACAAUAUUUUAAUUCCAGCCAUGGGCAAUAUUACCUAUGAUUUUUCCUUUAAAUCAAGUGUGAUCACACUAAAUACCAAUGCUGGACUUUAUAACCAAUCAGAUAUUGUUGCUCAUUUCCUUACUUCUUCUUCUUCUGUCAUUGAUGCACUGCAGUACAAAUUUGAGGGCACCUCAAGAUUGACAAGGAAAAGAGGAUUGAAGUUGGCCACAGCUUUGUCUCUGAGUAACAAAUUCGUGGAAGGCAAUCAUGACAGUACCAUUAGCAUAACCAAGAAAAACAUGGAAGCAUCAGUGAUGACAACUGCAAAAGUCCAAAUUCCAAUUUUGAGAAUGAAUUUCAAGCAAGAACUUAAUGGAAAUACCAAAUCAAAACCUACUGUGUCUUCAUCCAUUGAAUUACAGUAUGAUUUCAAUUCCCCCAAGCUGUCCUCUACUGCUACAGGAGCAGUUGACCACAAGUUUAGAUUAGAAAGCCUCACCUCUUACUUUUCCAUUGAGUCAUCCACCAAAGGAGAUAUCAAGGGUUUGGUCCUUUCACGGGAAUAUUCAGGAACUAUUGCCAGUGAGGCCAGCACUUAUUUGAAUUCCAAGAGUACUCGGUCUUCAGUGAAGCUGCAAGGGGCUUCCAAAGUUGAUGAUAUCUGGAGCCUUGAAGUAGAAGAAAAUUUUGCUGGAGAAGCCACUGUGCAACGCAUAUAUGCCAUCUGGGAACACAAUACAAAAAACCGCUUACAGCUAGAGGGCCUCUUUUUAACAUCUGGAGCACAUACAAACAAAGCCACCCUGGAACUCUCCCCAUGGAAAAUGUCAGCCCUUGUUCAGGUCAAUGCAAGUCAGCCCAGUUCCCUCCUUGAUAUCAAUUACCUUGGCCACGAGGUGUCCCUCAAUGCUAACACCGAGCACCAGAAGGUGAGGUGGAAAAGUGAGGUCCAGGUUCAUUCUGGGUCUCUCCAGAACAAUGUACAGCUUUCCAAUGACCAAGAAGAGGCACGCCUUGAUAUCACAGGUUCCCUAGAAGGGUACCUAGGGUUCUUCAAAGAUAUUGUCUUACCAGUUUAUGAAAAGAGCUUAUGGGACCUCCUGAAGCUGGAUGUAACCACCAGCACUGAUAGGAAACAGUAUAUUCGUGCCUCAACUGCUCUUGUGUACUCCAAAAACCCCAAUAACUAUUCUUUCUCUGUCCCUGUGCAAGAAUUGGUUGAUAAAUUCAUUAUUCCUGGCCUGAAACUAAAUAAUCUAAAUUCAGUUUUUGUCACACCUACGUUCCAAGUCCCAUUUACAGAUCUCCAGGUUCCAUCCUACACGCUUGACUUCAGUGAAAUAAAAAUCUACAAGAAGCUAAGUACUUCACCAUUUGCACUCAACAUACCAACACUACCCAAAGUGCAAUUCCCCAAAGUUGAUGUGUUAACAAAAUAUUCUGGACCAAAAGAUGCCCCAGUUCCCUUUUUUGAGAUAACUGUGCCUGAAUCUCAGUUAACCGUGUCCCAGUACACCCUUCCAAAAAAUAUUUCAGUUGGCAGUACAGUUUUGGAUCUAAAUGAAGUGGCCAGCAAGAUUGCAGACUUUGAGUUGCCGACAAUCACUAUGCCUGAGCAGAUUAUUGAGAUUCCUUCCAUUAAGUUCUCUGUACCUGCUGAAAUUUCCAUUCCUUCCUUUGGAGCACUGACUGCACAUUUUGGGGUGGCCUCUCCCCUGUAUAAUGCCACUUGGAGUGCUGGUUUGAAAAACAAAGAAGAUCGAAUUGAAACAUUCCUGAAUUCCACGUGCAGCUCAACCAUACAGUUUCUGGAAUAUGACCUAGAUGUUGUGAGAACACACAAAAUUGAAGAUGGCAUGUUAGUCUGUGAAACUAAUGGAACAUUUGCACACCGAGACUUCAGUGCAGAAUAUAAAGACAGCAAACGUCAAGGACUUCAGGACUGGAAGGAAGAGGUUCGCCUUAGCAUCACCAGCCCAACACUCACUGAUGUCCAUCUGUGCUACCAAUCAAGUCAGAAUAGCCUCUCCUCCUCGGCAGCCUCUCGAGCCAUAGGCACUGUGGCCAUGCACUUGGAAAAGGAUGAUGGUACCUUCAGGUGGAACUUCUACUACCGCCCUCAGUCCUUUCCAGAUAAAAAACUCAACUUACUCAAAACUGAGUUGAGGUACCAGAAAUUUUAUGAGAUCAAAGUUAACUGGGAAGAAGAGGCAGUGUCCGAACUGCUAAACUCUCUGAAAGACAAUGUGCCCAAGGCCAUGGGGGCCCUUUAUGACUAUGUCAACAAGUACCACCAGGAGCACACAGGACUCAAUCUGAGAGAUGCUUCUUUAAAACUGAGAAGAAGUCUGGAGAACAAUGCUGAGCAGGCCUAUGAAGGGGCCAUGAGGCAGAUUGAUGAGGUGGAGAUGAACCUCCAGAGGAUGGCUAGAGACACCAAUAGAACCUACCAGCAGUGGAAGGACAAGGCCCAGAGUCUGUACCAGGAACUAUUGGCUCAGGAAGGCCAAGGCGAUUUCCAGAGACUCCAGAAUAAGGUAUUUGACAAAUUAAUAGGAGUUACUCGUGAAUACUGUGUGAUAUUCAAGCGUCUGAUUGACUCAUUCAUUGAUUACCUAAAGCUCAGUAGAUUUCAGCUCCCAGGAGGAGCCAAGACAUACACUACAGAUGAACUCUGCGAUAUGCUCGUGAGGGAAGUAGGGAAGGUACUGUCCCAGGUACAUUCAAAAAUUCAUAAUGGGUUAGAAAUACUGUUUUCCUAUUUCCAAAACCUGAUGGAGAAAUCUGAAUUAAUUAAGGACCUAGAGAUUAAAUUUCCUUUUGAUUCAAAGAGCCAUAAACUAACAGAUGUAAUCUUGGAGUAUGGGAAACUAUUGAAAUCUUUAUCACAAUGGGUCCCAAAGGCAUUGAAGUAUCUCCAGUCUUUCAAGAUUACAGAGAUGCUAAGUGAUCUUCAGAAAUCUUUACAAAAUGUUUGCCAAGAGAUAGAAGGAGAAAUUGAACAUUUAAAGGAGAAGAAAUUUAUUAAUCUCCUUAAUGAUACCCAACACGAAAUCAACACAGUCUUCAGCAAGUAUAUUACAUAUGUUUUUGGAUACCUGAAAGAAAACCUAUACCUUAACUUUGGUAAGUUUAAUGAACUUGUUCAAAAUAAACUUCAGGAAGCUUCUCAAGAGUUACAGGAAUUCCACCAGUAUGUAAAUGCUCUUCGCAAAAAAUAUUUUGAUCCAAGUAUGGUUGGCUGGACAGUGAGAUAUUAUGAACUUGAAGAAAAGAUAAUCAAGCUGAUCAAGAACCUAGUAGAUGUUCUUAAGGACUUCCAUUCCAAAUACACUGUCAGUGCUGCUGGCUUUGCUUCCCGACUCCCAGGUCAAGUUGAGGAAUUUAUGCAGAAAGACAUCCAGGAAUAUCUGAGCAUCCUUGCUGAUGCAGAUGGAAAAGGGAAAGAGAAGAUUGCAGAGCUUUCUGCCAGUGCUCAGGAAAUAAUUAAAAGCUGGGCUGCUACAAUGAAGGAAAUCAUUUCUGAUUACCACCAGCAGUUCAGAUAUAAGCUACAGGAUUUUUCAGACCAACUCUCUGAUUACUAUGAAAAAUUCAUGGCUGAGACCAAAAGAUUGAUUGACCUGUCCAUUCAAACAUACCACAUGUUUCUAAAAUAUGUCACUGAGUUACUGAAAAAGCUGCAAUCGGCCACAGUCAAUGACAUGAGCCCUUACAUAAAGAUUGCUCCAGGAGAAUUUAUUAUCACCUAAUUUUUUUAAAGCAGUUCUCACUUAUUCUUCUGCUCCAAUUGAACUUUUACAUAGUAGGGAAAAUAUUCAAACUGUAUGUGUUGAUAUAACCAUACCCUAAGCCAGCUCUGUAGCAGGCAACUGCCUACUUGCAGAAGCACCUAUGAACUGGACCUGCAUUGAAGCUGGCUUCAGAUUUCUGAAGGUCUCUGAACUCUGGGAAACAUUUUUUUGCAAGUUAAGGAAAAUCGGGGUCUGAGUUAUUUUGCUAAACUGGGGGGAGGGAGAACAAAUAAACGAAUUCUUUAUUGUAUAUCAUA